AUGCUUGAUGCUCAUUCCACCUUACCAAAAAUUCCUGAAGGAUGCUGUACAAAGAACCAAGAAGGUGCAAGGAAUGGUAGUGUUGACUGUGAGUGCAGUGCAAUCAUUCAACGGAAGGUCAUCUCCGACAAAAAGGAAGAUCCGGGGAGUUUUACAUUGCCUUGCAUGCUAGGACCUCUAUCUUUCAAAAACAGCCUCUGCGACCUAGGAUCAUCUAGUCAGCCUCAUGCCUUUGUAGUGGCGAAGAGACUGGGAUAUCACAAGUAUCAAGCCUGCGGAAUCUCACUAGUUUUGGCGGAUAGUUUUGCUUGA